UCGACAUGGCCGUCUUCAUGAUUAACAUCUGUAAAUUCAACGGCUGUGGCAUUACAUUUCCACGCCUGGCAGACCUAAUAGAGCAUAUCGAAGAUGUUCAUAUCGAUUACGAUCCUGCAGUUGUGGAGCAAAAAGAAGCUUCUCAGCCGUCAUGCAUUCCAUUAAGUUACGUUUUAAAAUUUUUCACGGAAGCUUCGCGCCGGGAGUUUCAAAUGACGCCGGUGGCGGAAGCCCGCAAGCGCCUCCUCUCAGCACCAAAGACACCAUCAGUGCGCAGCAGUACACCAACAGGUAGCGAAAUGGAUGACGAGGAGGUAAUGAGUCCGUCUGAAGAUAGCAACGAUUCCUGGACCAACGUUGAAGAGUACAGCUCUGAGUACAUUCUACAGUAUGGAGUGAAGAUGAACGCAAGUGCAAGCUCUGGUGCGCUAGGUCCGGCCGCGCAAGAAAAGCCAUUUGCAUGCCCAGUACCGGGAUGCAAGAAACGGUACAAGAACGUCAAUGGUAUCAAAUAUCACUCCAAAAAUGGACAUAAGAAAGACGGCAAGGUAAGAAAGGCGUACAAAUGCCACUGCGGCAAAAGCUACAAAACGGCGCAAGGCCUUAAAACCCACUCCAUAUGCCAUCACGUGAGUCCUUCUACCUCAGCCAAUGACAGAGUUCACGUCAAAAUGCCGGGCUUAGUUGUCACAGCCUCACCUGCCCAAAGACAACUUAAUAUCAUAGAUACCAUAGAUACAAACAAAUUAGUACGCAUCUACGACAGUAUUAAAACAAAAGAUCUACCCUCAUUCACGAUUCCGAAACAGAAUUUAACAAAUUUGAAUAUUAUCAACCACAACCACAUACGGCAUUCGGUUCUGCUGACACCAAAUGCGGAAAAAAUUAAGUUUGAGAGGAAACCUCAGCCGAAAGUGACGGUCACCUCUCAAGAUUCUUUUAAUGAAAUCGCUUUGACUAAUGAACGCCGGGGUUAGUUUUUUACUAUAACAGUUCCUAAAAUACGACCAAAUCACAUUUUAUUUAGUUGGCAUUACUGGCUUUGUGAUUGUUGCCAGCUAAAAUAUAGACUGCGGUCAUUUGUCUAGGUUAAUAGUUUAAUUUUUUUUAUUUAGGUUUUUUGUUUGCUUAAAUUUGUAUCGGCGGAAGUAUUGUACUAUAUAUACCAUUCGAUGUGUAAGAACUAACUAAAAUUCACAUCCAUUACCAUUAAUUAACAGGGUACAAAAUGUAUAGUCAAAAUAUUCUGUAUAGUCGCGCUGUUUUUAAACAAUAUCUUUAAUAUGGGCUAAAAAAUUGCCGAACAUAUAUUUCCAAAAUAGCGCGAUAUUAUAGAAAAAAGAUUAUACAAAAAAAAACACAAAAAUAUCCCUUUGUGCCAUUGUGUACUUAAUAUUUUUCGUGUAAAAUGCUUUAAAUUCAUUUAAGUAAUAACGUAUACUGACCUUUGAUCAAAAUUGUCGUUGCCAUUAAACGUCCUAAUUUUGAUAGAUGCGUCAGCUUUAGAACUUAACAUGUAAUGUUUGAAAAAAAGAAAAAAAAAGGAAAAAAUGGCAUUUGAUCUUAAAUAUCAUCUAGGAUUAUAGAUAUACUCUUAAAUGUGAUAAUAAUUAUAGAAAAACCAUAAAAAAAGCUUGUAAGCGUAUGUGUAUACCUAAGUAUUUAUAAAAUAGUGAAUAAGGCUGAACUAUUUGGUGUUUAGAAAUGAAGUCUGUUCUUUUGUGUGAAAUAUUCGUGGGUAGUUUGAAAUCUCAAUUUUAACGUAUGUGUGAUAUUAGACAUUUUAGUGUGGUAAAAAUUAUUUAUUUUAGGUUUUAAAGGUGUUGUGAAAAGCAGCUAUUUUCAUUAAAAUAUUUGUUUCCAAAGUUGCAGGUCAACUAUAGUUUUUUACACUUGUGACUAGUUUUUUUUCAUAACUAAGGCAAAUAACCCUAAGAUCAGACUUCUUAUACUUAGUUUUAAUAUUGAUGUGAUUCGUGCCUUUUUUUUAUUUUCGACGCUGUUCUAUGUUUACCUCGAAAUAUUUUAUCGAAAUUCCCAGCACUGGGCCUUACUCUGCUAUGUUAAUAAAGUUUUAAUCUUAUCAGUUACGAAUAGCUGAAGUUUAGGCGCGUUUUUAUAUAAAUUAGUUAUAGGAUAAUGGCAAUACUAACCACAGAAUAGAUAAAGUUUAGAAGGGGUAUUCAUCGGUUUUUGCUGGUCGCUUUGAUAUUGCAAAUCUAUAAAGUAUAAUUGUGGCUCAAAUUUAAAUUGGGGCACAUCGUCCUUCUAUUAUUUUUUCAUAAUUAUAUCCAGUCAAUUCAAGUAUAUAAGUGGCUUUAUAACCGUCACAGAUGGCAGAGUUGGGUGCCAGUUUUAAAAGCUGACAUAAGAGUUUUGGAAUGUUAAGGUGCUAUCGUAAACAUAGUUUCAGAUAGAUCUGUCUUCAUAGUAGAAGAAACAUAGUUUCAAGUCUUGGAAUUAUUUGUCCUUCAGUCCAAAGAUGGUAUUUAUUUGUUGUACCUACUUGUCCUGUAUAUGAGAGUAGCAAUUUUAUAUAAAUUUUAACCACUACAGAUUAAUCUUAGUUUUAUUAAAGAUCGGCCACUCAUGAGGCUGUGGUAAUAUAUAGAAGUUGCUUAUGAAAGUGAAAGGAUAUCUAUUUUGUGUGUGCAUCUGAUUUUUAAAUUCUCACUUUAUAAUUGGUAUUAUUCGUUACCAUUUAGUCAUUAUCUUUAUCAUUAAGACUGAUAGUUUUUUUUUUAUGGCAACCCCGUUGUACCGGAUGGGAUUCGGAUUCGGUGUUGCCUUUCAUUUCGUUUGUGUUAGUUGUAAGACAAAGACAUUGAAAAGGCUCAUUUAAUUAUUUAUUAUAUUAUAUUAAAGAAAACAUCAGAUACACAAAAGCCAGACCAAAAGAGCUUGGCCGUAAUUAUUUUGGCCAAGCAGUACUGAAGUCUAGAAUUACCUCUUUUGGUCGGAUUUUAUGUAUAUGAUACAUAGAUAAUAAUUAUAUUAAAAUGGAAGCCUCGAUAUAGUAUUUUACUUAUGCCACAGAUUCGUAUAUAAACUUAUUUAAAGCAUUAGUUACAAUAAAACUUUUAUUUUUUUCCGCUUCUAAAUAAUUUAACUGUGACGUCAUCGUGGUGUCACUGUGUGUACAAAAAAUUCGAGAGGAUUGUUAAAAAGGUUUAAAUUAUGUCCGGCCAUAACUUUACUUGAAUUUCUUCAAUAUCUUGUUUAUAUCUAGUCUUUUUAUAGUAUUUCUGAGAUACUUGUAUACCAAAGUCAACAAUAAAUAAAACAAGUUCUAUGUUUCGUUAUAAUAUUUGUAUAAUUUAUUUGCCUUUUAAGGUUGUGAAAAAUCUGAUUUGAUGAGUUACUGAUUCUCAAUAGCUGUGCCGCAAGACUGUCUAAAAUUAUUAACAAUUGUAUAUUGUACGUAAAGAAAUAUUUAAAUGAGACGCAAUAUUGGUUUUAUUUAUCUUUGGCGAAAUUUUAUAUUAGUUUUAAAAUAUUUGGCACCAGGCAUUAUCUACUAUCGCAAUAUAAAGUUGUAAAAAACUACAUUACUUUGAGCUUGUCAUAUCAGAAUACUUUUAUCUAUGGCAUCUUUUGCUUUUUAUUUUGUAGCAUUUUGGUCGGAAAGAGCUUAUGGAUCAAUUGAAUAUAAUAUUUGUGAUACUCGCCCUCUUUGUCUUACGCUCAUAUGACUUUGACAGAUCAUAAUUAAAGCAUUAAUUGAGUUAUUCGUUCAAAUAUGUCAAACAACACAAAUUCAAUAGGUUCAUUAAUGGUUUAUAUAAAAGUACGUUUUAGUUUAAUUAUUUAUUAUUUUACCAUAGUUAUUAGCAUGUAAAAGUUUUAUUUAAAAUUUGUUUUUUAAUGAAAGUUCAAUUGAUUUGCUUUGAUGACGUCUUGUCAUAGGAAACCCGUUUUUAAUUUAUUUAUUAUCUAAAUUAAACGGUUUUGGUAUGUGGCUUAAGAAGACUUUAAGGGUUAUUGUAUAUGUCUCAUACAAAGUUAAAUAAGUUAUGUUUUUUUGAGAUUACAGGUCAGAUCGACCAAAUUUGAGAUGUUUAACGCUGUUUAUGUACGUUUUCAUACUUUAACGACUUACAUGUUUUGAUUAAUAAACUCAUACUGCAAUUA